AAAAUAGGAAGAGGGGGAGGGCGGCGAGUUUGGUUGUCUUUGAUUUUAGUGUUGAUUAUGUCAUGGGAUUGUUUCGAUUGUUUGAAGGAUAUAAUCUGUACUCAAUGGGCGUUAGUUGCUUUAGUGCUUUUGUUGCUCGCAGUUUACAUAACCCCAAAGUAAUUUUAAUCAACUCCCAUAUUUAUUUCAGAGUUCUGGUUAUUGUUCUAACGACAUUUCUUAAUAAAUUUAUUCCAUGUAUCCUCACCGUUCAAAGGUUUGGAUUUAUUUGGGCACGUGGAGUUACUCUCACUUUCAUAAACGGAGAGUGCAUGUAUGUGGAUUCUAUAUAUUUUAGCAGUAGCUUAUGGAAUCCUAAAGCUAAGACUUUGUUGUCUGUUUGGAUAACUGGUGCUGAAUUUCAUGUUACUGACACCGGUCUUCAUGGUAUUAUCAAAUUAAUGCAGCGCAAAGGUGACGGUAUCAGAACCCGUCUGAAUAAAGGCUUCAUGUCAUGGAAAAUAAGACUGGUUUCGUUCAUUUCAAUUGAUAUAUCAUCCAUACAAAUAGUAGCAUUAUCGACCAACUUUCUGGAUGAUGUUUUAUAUUCGAAUUAUAAAAAGACUGAGGAUGGUGCACGCAAUAAUAACAGUAAUGGAUCUGUCUGUCAUCACUGCUUAAUUCAUAUCAAUGAUUUAAGUGGUGUUUAUCAACCUAUUCAAUUUAAUCGUCAAACAAGCUUCCGUUUGAAUAAAACUAGUAAAUUGGCUUUAACUCUACGAAUGACACAGCUAACAAUGUUAUUUCAUAUCAGUAUGAGACAGGCUCAUGUAAAUCUACAUGUAUCCCAUAUUUGUGGAAAGUUACUAUGUAUACCUGUGUUCAUGGAAGCUUGGUUAAGUGAUGAUUUAUUCAAUAAAAAUUGGAAUGUUAUCUUUGAAAACGCUCACAUAUUGGGUCAUCUUCGUUUACAGUUGUCCACUAAUAUUUCAUUGGAAUGUCGAAAUUUCAAUAAUGCAACACUAUCAUCAUUAAAUGGUUGGUUCGUAAAAUCGGUCGACUUAAAAUUGUAUGGACUACGUACUGCAAUUUUAGAAGAGCUUAUAGAUUUGUUGAGUUGGAAACUUUAUACAAAUCAAACAUCUAUCUUAACCACACAAACGUCAUCGCUUACAUCAAAAUGUCCUCAUUGUCAUCAAUUUACCAUUAAUCAUCAAGAGGAUACUUUACAAAUUCUGGAGCAUUCAUCAUUUCCUUUUAAAAAUAAUAAAUCUUGUUAUUUAAAACAAACAUCGGAGAAUAUUAUAUCUGAUAAUUCAUUAAAAUCAAAUUUUCAAUGUGUUCAACAAUAUUUGAAUUCCAUAAAAUUAUGCAUUUCGUUUUUACCGUUACCAUUGUUCAGUUUCAAUGAUAGUCAUCAUUUUGAACAGAUACAAUCACAAUUCUCCUCAUCAUCAUCAUCGUUAACAAGUUCAGUUGUACCUGAGAUGGGAUUUUAUUUUGAAAUAAUUAGAUAUUCAUUUAACAGAAGUCUCCAAUUCUAUUUCACUUCGUCUCAUUUAUCUAUGGAAUUCAAUGUGCCUAAUUCUAUAAAAUGUAGUCAAUAUGCUGAAACACUUCAGACGACAUCUGAUUUUUACACAUCUUUACAUUCAUUAUCUUCACCAAUAUCACGAAUAAUUCCAUCAAAUCUGUUGAAUGAUGAUAAUGUUGACAGUAAAAUUCUGUUUAAUCAUUUUAUUUUAUUAAAUUUUCGAUUUUGUUUGAAUGAUUUACGCUUAUUAAAUGGUUGGAAUUCACAGACUAAACAUUGUUUAUUAGAUGCUAGGAUAUAUUUAAUAGAAGCAACCGAGCAACUCGAAUCAUCUAUUUGUAAUCUUUAUUUGAAUAUUUUACAUUCAUCAAUAUUUUAUAUACAUGAUAAUAUAGUGGAAAUGAAUUUUUAUAGAAAAUUAUCAUCUAUAUGUUAUUUGUUUGGAAUAUGGUGUAAAACAUUAUAUGAAAAUCGUAAUUCUAUUAAUAAUCAUUCAAUUAUGUCCAUCACCAAUAUUGAAUUACAUAAUUAUCCAAAGAAGAAUACAGAUUCAAAACAGUUUAAUUUUAUGGCACAAGAAAGCUUGUCUAGAAGAAAGUUCUUUCGAUUAAUUGAGUAUCUUGGUUUGAAUACACGUCAGCUAACUGUACGUAUUUACUUUGGUGAUGGUGGUGGUUCUCGUAUUGCAUUACGUAACAAUAACAUCAAUACCGGUAGUACUGGUAUUAUUCAUCAUAAUGCAGAAGGAUCUGAAACAUCUGACAGUACUAUCAGUGAUGAUAAUUCUGGCGAUGGUGUUAUUACUACAGAUUGUAAAUCAUUGAAUUGUAUUGAUGAUUUUAAUACAGAACAACGCUAUCCUGAUCAUAAUCAGAUUGGAAUGAUGGGAAGAUUGAAAAGUAGAAAAAUCCCAAAAAUUUUACUUGUACUCAUUCCUGAUUUAAAGUCACCUGGAUUACAGUUCGGUUUUACCAAUUCUCUUAUAAAUCUUCAAUUUGAUUUUCAUGAAUUAAAUCUGAAAAAAUCAUUUGAUUUGUUGAAUGUAACCGAUUUAAAUUUAACGCUAGCGAAUUUUCAUGUUUGUUUAUUGGAUAAAAUUCAUGGAUCUAUUGUUAAUGGAACAGAUACUUCGCAGGCACCGUCAUCAUCAUUAUCCUGUUUACAUAGUCUUUAUUCUAUUCGUUGUAAUCAGUCCACUGUUAUUUAUUCAUUGAUACAUGAAUUACCUACUUUAAAUAACCAUCAUUGGGAUGACCUGUUCUAUGUACAUGGAAUCGAUAUUUGGAAUCAUAAAUAUCAAAUUAGUUUAAAAUCCACCAUAUUGCAAAUAGAAUGGCCAUCAUUUAAAAUGAAUGAAUUAAUUAAUUAUAUACAUUGGGAUUAUUCAAAUGAGAAUGUUUAUCAGUGUUAUAAUAAUCAUGUCAACAAAUUGUCCACAAAUCGAUCCUCUUCAAUUCAGUGUUAUUUUACAGAAAAUUAUCUGAAUAAUCCAAUUCAUUUUGAUGGAUUUUUAGAGAAUAUCAACAUUUUUUUUAUAAACAGUAAUAAUUCAUUUCUUAUGCUACGUGUAGAUAGUCAACGUUUCAUUGCACAAUUUCGUUCAAUUAAUCCUAUGUAUCAACCAUUGAAAUUAGACAGCCUAUCACAGAUCACUAUAACUGGAACUAAAUUAGUUUACAGUUGUAAUAAGACACCGGACAAUGGUAUGGAUACUGUAUCUUGCUGUUCGUCAACAUCAGCGUCAUUAUCCUCAACUUCAUCACCAUGUCGUUAUGCAAUACUGUCUAGUUGCCAUAUAAAAAACGAUCUAGUUUUGUCAUUACCUGAAAUUCAUGUUGAUGUUAAAUUGCCCGAACGAUCUAUUGAAAUUUCACCAAAUAAUCAAUCGUGUGAAUUCAUCUGGUCACUAGGAUUUCAUUUGUGCUAUUACAAUUUAUUACAUUCUUGGAAACAAUUCCAUAGGAAGUUGUUCAAACAGUUCAAUACUGUAGUAAGUUUUUAAUUAAUUAAUAUAUUGCUGAUAAUCUUUUUUACUAAUUUUCUGAAGACGAAGACUAAAUGAUCGUGUAUGCACACUUCUGGGGAGUCAUAUAUUAGGACGAAGCGAUUGCCCAGUACUUCCAGGUUUUCGAAGCGUCUAAUCACGCAAUUGAGAUAUGGAUUAAGUUCAUAAAACAAUAAUUUGUCUAAAUAGCGGUUCUUUAUUAGGGAAUUAAGCGUAAAUUAGUUACAAUCUCAACUCGUUAGGUGAUUAGCGCAUAUAUAGGUCUAAAAAGAAAAAGGCUUUCUGCAAUAGUAAUAACAACAUACGAUAUUGUCAAGGACAGCUGAUAACUGUCUAAUAUUGAUAACAGUAUAAACAAGCAGAAAGGGAACCAAGAGUAUACAAAUAUGGAUACCAUUGCAUUUAGAUAAAGAUUCAACCACUGAACAAAAUUGAAAAUAACUUACACUGGUUGAGAGAAAGUUAUUAUAAUAAUAAAUAUAGCAAGUAUAUGUAAAUAUCUUGGGAUAUUGCACGACAACAUAUGCGUUGAAAUUGUUAGCAAUAUCACUGUUUACUGAAUAUUAAUAAGUAGCAUAAAAAAUGCACAGCAAACGACUUGAUGAGAUAAAAAGAAUGUAGACGAACUUAACAACAAUUAUGAAGGAAUACUGAAACUUAACAUGUAGUGUAUGUUCGGUAACUAAAUAAUCUUCGACAGUUAGUUAACGAUGUAUUUAUAAGACAAAAACUUUUUUGUGUUAAAGUGGCUGAAAGAAAUCUGGAUUUCGCAGUAUGCGUUGAGCUCUCAUUUCAAGACUUUUCCGUCAGUUAAUAUCUACCAUCUUAUAGGCUGAACUGUUGCUCUUCAUUUUAAACUAAGUAAUGUGGUAUAUAGAUGAUGCUUCUUUAAGUUAAUUUGAAAUAAUUUAUAAAAAAACGACAAUCUAUCUUCAUAUCUUCAGAUAUGUUUCUAAAUAUGUUUCAAUUAAGUCUUGUUGACUGCAUUGUGGUCAGUUUUGUUAAACUUCAACAAUACAUUUAAAUCAAUAAUACUGUUUACAAUUACAUCCUCACCGUGCUUCGUUGUAUUAUUGUUGGGGACGUUAGAUUCCCAGAACUCACUUAGGAAAGGACCUAAUUUUGUAAUUUUAUUUAGAAAUUUUGAAUUUGUUUUUGCGCCAAUGGUGCUCUUUUCACCUUCAUGUCGUAUUUCCCACUUGGGAGAAUCUUAAGUGCGAUUGGUUCGUUGUGUCUUUUAGUAUGCUAUUUGGUAACUCUCCCCAAGGACUGUUUUGUGUUGUAUAUAUACGUUUUGAUUUGUGUUUGUUGUUAUCGCUCGUUUCCAAGCUUGGAUUUCUUUCUCUAGUUAGCGAGGCUGGGAUACAUCAAAUAGUUAGCUUAUUGGUUUUUGGUCAUCGAGUAUUUGUUUUCGUUUGCAGUCUAAGUGAAUUCGUAACCGCUUCAAACUUAGCAAUUAUAUACCGUGAUGUGUUUAUAUGCAUAUAUGAAAGUAUUAAACCAAUCAAAGUAAUUCUUGAGUCAUUAACAACAGUGGAAUAGGUUACAUAACAGAACAUAGUAAACAGUAAAAAUUGAUAAUUUACUGACAGGUUUACUGGUUGUAGCAAAAAUAAUAAAAACUUCAGUCAAUGUUUCAUAACAUGAAGUCGAUCAAAAACUUGGAAAAGUACACAUUGAUAUAACAUUCAUCAAAAAUCGUCAAAAUUGCAUAAUAGGAAGAUACUUCAAAUUAGUACACAGUGAAAACUAUAUUUGAUAAAAGGAU